UUCCCAUUGACUAAUUCCACAGGGCUCUGUUGGUUUUGUGCUGUUGUGUGUUUACAUGCAGUUUUUGUUUCAAGCUGAUGUACUGUCAGACUUGUUGUACUAAAUCAGAGAUUCAUUGUUUUCUCUCCAUUUGCAGGACAGACGUACAACUUGAGACUGAAACUGCUGGCAGAGGAUCUGAAGCAUGAUUGUUCUUCAUUCUGAUAAAUCCAAUCAGAGUCAUCGUUCUCGAGUCCCCAGGGUGCAACAGCAUGUCCACUGUGACUCCUGCUACAGCCGGCGCUGCAGGGCUCGGGUGGAGGUCUCUGUGAGCUGUGCUGUCAUCCCCUGCCGCCUGCUCUGUGGAGCUCUCUUCCACCUGUGCAAAGAGGAGGAUCACAUGCUGCUCUGCCCUAACGUGAGGGUGCCCUGCCUCAAUGCUGAGUUUGGCUGCCCACUCCACUUGCCCCGCUCCUCGCAGGCAGCUCACCUCCAGCUGUGUCCAGCCAGUGUGGUGUGUUGCUCCAUGGAGUGGAACCGCUGGCCGGCCAACGAUGCCCAUUCCUACCCGAACACAGAGCUGCAUGAAAACCUGCUCAGGGAAAGAGAGCAUGGAGGAUGUCUGGACCUGGCCAUGGCCCUGAAGGACCAGGAACACCUGUUUCACUCCAUGAAGAUGAAGAAACUGUUCCCAGAGCUGAUCCAGAGUGUGGGAGAGGAGGAGAAAGAGCAGGAGAGGAGGAAGGAGGAAAGAAGGAAUGAGAAGCAGAAGCAGAGAACGGCAGCAGAAAGGGCUGCUGCAAAGGAAGCCAGUAAUCACACCUGGGAGCCUCUUAACUUAUAUGACCGCCAUACCUCAGAUGAAAAAAAUGAUGAGGAUGAAGAUGAGGUUGAGGUUGAGGUUGAGCAGGAGCUAACCCAAGAAGAAAGAGAGGCUUUAGCCAGAAGCUCAGGUGUGAAUCCUGAUCUAUUAGAAAACUACAACAUCUGGGAGCACAUGUUCAGUAUGGAGCUAGGUGGCUGUAGAGAGACUGAAGGGGCAGGCAGAAGUCAGGGUCUGGCUAAAGGGAGAAGAAAGGGUCUAGAAACUCUGACAGAGGAAGAUACCUGUGUGGGUGCAACAGCAUCAAACAGCUGCCAACAGGUGAGCAGUGCAUCCAUUGUUUCCUCCACAUCCUCCUCCUCAUGUCUCGCUGGAAAUCUGAAGAAGAAGAAGUUUGUUUAUGGACACGUGGAGCCGAUGAAGAUUAUCACCGUGCGCACAUUUAAGAUCCCAACCAGCUUCUCUGCCAAGCAGGCCCGCAUCCGCAACCCUGGUUUCCACAAGAGGACAAGUCAAGCUGUGGAUACCAGUGACCUGGCAAUGGUGGAGAUGCCAGUGUGGGAUGAAGUUCAGGCCUCCCUGCUGUGCUCCCUAGAGAAGGAACAAAGAGGGCACCUCAUCGCAGAGAGCGUAUGCACAGAUGGUCUGCUACAAGAUGAAGGCACACAGACCUACAACUUCCUGUCAGCUCCUUUCCGAGGAAACACUACACUGGCUGACCUGACCGCUGCAAAACCGCUGGAGUUGCACCUUCAGCUGCAAGUGGAAAGCGUCACCAGCCGACAUCACAAGGCCAGCUCUGCCUUCACUUUCCUCUGUGGACAUACUUUCCAGCGCAGAGAAUACGGCAAACAUUAUAAGAAUAUCCACAGUGACAUCCAGAUGGGUGUGAAUGGAUGGUUUGAGCAGAGAUGCCCUCUGGCAUACCUGGGCUGCACCUACAGCCAGAAGAGGUUUCAGCCCUCCACACAUGAAGCCAACGUCACCUACAACGAGGAUCUGGGCUGCUUUAGCCUGCAUCACAGCAUCCCUGUCUCUCUGUGUGACGCCUCCCAGCCACCCAGGAACUCAACGGACACCUCCGCCUCCACCACUCAGAGGAAACAAAGAGGUGAGGCAGGAGGAAGGAAGGACUCACUGAGCUCGCUGCCCUUUGAGGUGCUGUGCCACAUGGCCAGUUUCCUGGACAGUCUGUCCCUGUCUCAGCUGGCUCUGGUGUCCCAGCUCAUGAGGCAGGUGUGCUCCUCGCUACUGCAGGAGAGAGGGAUUGUCACCCUUCACUGGGAGAAGAAGACCUACUCACAUGGAGCAGCCAAGUGGAGAGUGAAGCACAGGGUAUGGAAGUUCAGCACUUUGUUCACUCCUGUGGACACCUGGUGCUUCCAAGACGUGCCAUCCAUGUCCGAGCACCUGAAGAUAUGUCCCUACUAUGAGAGAGAGUCCAGGACGGAGAAGAUUGAUCUGCCACGCAGGAAGGAGGAAGUCCAAACCAAAACAAGCUGCAAUGGUCCGACUCUGGUUAACUUGUUCCAGAAGAAGAGGAUAAUGAUGUAGUGUAAAGAAAGAACUGACUGAACCACUGCUGAAAUGUAUGUUGGAUGGUGAGAGUUGGAGAGAGAUAUAACUCUUAAAGCGCACAAAUCUGGAGCUAAUUUUAUUUCAAGAAAAAAUGAAUAGAAGUCAAGAGGUCAGACACAUAGUUCAUCAUGUUAUCUGAUGUUUUGAUUCAGAUGUUUCUGUCCAGAAUAACAAAUGUGAGGUUGCAGAAAUG